AGCAUAUCAUAAUAUGAUAAUGAUACAAUUUGUUUUAUUGUCACUGCAUCAGAAUCACAAUUAAAAGUUAUCAUUUGUAAAGGUUAAUAUAAAUCGUAAUUAAUGAUUAUGAUGAUGUUUCGUAGACUCAAGUCUUCGGCCACUGCAGUUGUGCUGCUCGCUGCAGUUGCUGCCCACACUCUCAAUACACCAGUGGUUCAUUCCAAUACCACGUCUACAACCCGCCCUGCCAUUAAUCGUCUAAACCCAGGAAAAGAUUUUACCAUAGAAAAUGUUAAGAAUAGCAGUCCGACAGUGUGUGCAAAUGUUCACCGUUCAGUUGAUGAAUUUCCUAGAGAUUUCUUCACUGAAGAACAAAGACUUCACGGAGCCGUUAUCGUUCACUUAAUUUUGUCAUUUUAUGGAUUCCUAUUUAUAACGUUUGUUUGUCAAGAUUAUUUCCUACCAUCGGUGUUGUAUAUAUGUCUAGAUCUGGGACUUUCACCGGACGUCGCUGGGGCGACAUUUAUGGCGGCGGCGACUUGCACGUCCGAGCUUCUCGUCUCCACGAUCGGAACUUUUGUGACCAAGUCAGACCUCGGUGUGGGCACGGUAGUGGGAAGCGGCGUGUACAACACGUUGGGCGUGUCGGCUUGUGCGGGCCUGGCAGUGUGCAGUCGGCCGAUCACGGUGGAAAAGUGGCCGCUGAUCCGGGACAGCGGCGUGUACGUGACGUCCAUAGCCGUGUUGGCUGCCAUCGCCGUCGACAACGUGGUCACCUGGUACGAGGCGCUGAUCAUGGUAACCAUGUGCUUUGGAUAUUUUGUCUUCUUGUUCACGCAAUACAAACUCGUCGAGAAAGUCGAAAAGUGGAAACACCACAACCGGAUUGUAUCAAUUUUUGAGCGUAUCAAAGGAUUUCUAUGUUGUAAAAAAUACACUUCUGUGGAAUCUCAAAAUAUCACACUACACAGAAGUGAUACGCCAAUACGUCAAUACGGAACAGUCGAACACCAGCUGCAGCUGCAAGAUGACGAGCGAGCAUCAUCAAAAAUAACAUUUACUUCGACCACGACAAUCUUUGGCGAAUGCGAUCAAUCAAAUACGAAUGUACAGACUUAUUUACCUCAGUCGAAACCGUCUUGGAGUAAUAAUUUGUUACCGGUCGUCUGGUGGACGUUUUGCUUGCCGGUUAACUUUACGUUGUGUGCCACGAUUCCGGAUUGCCGAGUAAAACGAGCACUAUACCCUAUCACGUUUGUUAUGUCAAUCAUAUGGGUCAGUGUGGUCACAUACGUUUUGUCAUGGUUUUUAACGAUAUGUGGUGAUACGUUUCGCGUUAGUGACGUUGUCAUGGGCAUAGGGGUUUUAGCAGUCGGCAGUAGCAUCCCCGAAGCUGUUUCGGGCAUAAUAAACGCACAAAACGGCGAAGGGUCCAUGAGCAUCAGCAGUGCGCUUGGCUCCAACACAAUGGAUAUACUACUGUGUCUGGGUCUGCCAUGGUUUGUCAAGUGCACGCUGCCAACAUCGAUGAAUGGCGGACCCGUCACAUUGCAAACCGACACCUUGUUCUUUAACUGCAUGUGGAUGAUCGCCAGCGUGGUCAUUCUUAAUGUGGCAGCCGCAAUUAGUGGUUACAAAAUGCACAAACCAUUUGGAAUUAUGUGCCUUGUCGGCCAGAUAGUUGUCAUAGCGGCGUUGAUAAUCAACGGACUGAAUGUUGCCAAAGACGAUGAACCCGUACGGUGUAGCUGAUAUUUUUAAAUUAUUUGUUUUAUUCCACUGCUGAUAGUGAACGACAGUAUAAAGUGUAUUUAACUAUUUUAGUUUAAUAUUAGUAGUUUGAUCCGAAACACA